UUUAGAAACGAAAAUCGAAUCGAACUAGGUGUAGAAAUGAAUGUCUUGAGUGGAUAACUUUAAGAGGAAAAAUUUUUCAUUACAUAUGUACAUAGUAGAUGGUUUAUCUGAUGGUUCCGGUCGUUCACACUAAAAAUUCUGUUCUCACAAUUUUUAGUUUUGUUAUGUUUUGCUGCAUUAAUUUUCCUGCUUUUCGUGGAUUUGUACAAUUACUUGAUGGAGUUUGAUUAUCUGCCUAAGUCGGACAUCGAGACUGGGGCGCUGCGCACCGAAGAGCAGCUGAAGGAUGCCAUACAAAACCUACAGCGCUUUGGCAACAUUCCGGCCACUGGCGAAAUAGAUGAGGCCACCCGAAAACUAAUACACCUGCCACGCUGUGGCGUGGGCGACAGUAAUCGGACUGCCAAUUUCUCGCCAGAUAAUCUACAGUAUGGGCACCAUCGCAUGAAGCGCUAUGUGUUACAGGGACCCAAAUGGGACAAAACGGAUUUAACAUGGAGGUGA